UGUACAAUGAACCGACUAAAGAUAUCCAAAUAGGGUAUAUACUGUAACAUAUAACAGUAUGUCUUGUACUUCCUGGUUGACAGUGGACACAUGGUGAUUUUUUUCUUGUUGCAAUGAAGAUGAUAUCAAAGCUGCAACAAGGUGUACUUUUGAUUAUAGCAACCCUUUUCGUUCCAGUAAGAGCACAGAUAAAUCUGGCUUUACAUGGAACAGUAGAACAAGAAACAACAUAUACAGACGCAUCAGGUAUUGAUUAUACUGCAAACCUGGCAAUAGAAGGACCUGCGAAUAAUAAUUGGGAAGAUGGAUGUUCAGCUACAGCUGUUAAUAAAGCGACAGCAUGGUGGGGUUUAUUUCUCCCACGACUAGCCUACAUUACAAAUGUUAAGAGUUAUUACCGGAAGGAUGCACCAGAGCGCAUGAAUGGUUUCCGGUUGUACCUCGGCAAUGGUUCUGUGUAUUCAUACGUUGAAAUAUGCUACAGUGAUUGGACGAACCAAGCCUACCUUAACCUGAAUCAGAGUAUCGAUUUGGAUAAUAACCCUACCAAGAAUAUUUAUUUUUUCAACAGACAUACGAUGAUCGAAUUAUGUUACAUUGAAAUAUACGGAUGCUGGAAAGGUACUUGGGGACCCAAUUGUACAACUGAUUGUCCAGUUGAAUGUAUAGGCAGCCACUGCUUUCCUCAAAAUGGCUCCUGUAUUUGGGGUUGUGAUGUACAGAAGUGUAAUCACGGAGAAUGUGAUGCGAGAACAGAUGUUUGUACGAAGGGAUGUGUACAAGGUCGAGGUGGGAGAUAUUGUACAUUCUAUAAUACGGUGUACAAUAGAACUGCAAAACAAAGCCUUACUGGUCCAAGUUUAUCCGCAAAUGUAUUAACCGAUGGAAACACCACUUCCUGCAUCCGUAUAGUAUCAACCAGUUCGAAAUCGUAUAUGCAGAUUGGGAAUGAAUCGUUAAUUGUCAUAACCGGGGUGUAUCUUUUCUUUGGAGACAUGAAUCCUCCUGUCGGUAUUCACAAAGUGUAUUGUUCUAAUACUACUGAUUCAUGGGCUGAUGGUACAGUGUUAUACAAUGCUGAGUAUCAUAACAAUGACACCGACGUAUUUGCUGUUUGCAAAUAUAUUAUUUAUAUACCGCCCAUUCUAAAUGGAAAUUCUAAGAUCGACAUAUGUGAAAUAGAAAUAGGUGGAUGUUCUUAUGGGAAAUAUGGAGACAGAUGUGAAUUGACUUGUCCCGAAAACUGUAUGGGAUUGUGUGAUUUAAUAACUGGAAACUGUGUUUUGGGUUGCUCAGUUGGUUGGCUUGGUGAAAAAUGUGACAGAGCCUGUGAUGAAGGAAAAUUCGGUGACCAGUGCCUUCGAGACUGCCCAGCAAACUGUUUAUCAUCAUCUUGUGAUUAUAUGACGGGAAAAUGUAAGGCAGGCUGCAAGAAAGGAUGGCAAGGAUUCAAUUGCACAGAAGAAUGUAAUAACGGAAACUUUGGUUGGAAUUGUUCGGAGACAUGUGAUGGAUGUAUAGUUAAUGAAUGUUAUCAUAUUAAUGGAGAUUGCAAAAUUGACAGUGUUUGUAAACCUGGCUAUGUGUAUGGAAAAUAUUGUAAUCAAACGUGCGAAGUUUGGCAUUUUGGAAUUAAUUGUAAUAAGAUGUGUAACUGUCUUAAAAAACCAUGCAACAUAUUUACUGGUAAAUGUCCAGAUGAAGGCUGCAAAAUGGGAUGGAAAGGUGACUCAUGUGACCAAGAAUGUGUAUCUGGCUAUUUUGGUUUUAAUUGCGCUUACUUAUGUGCGACUUGCUUCAAUCAGUCUUGUGACAUUUUUGAAGGGAAUUGCAGAGUCGGUUGUAACGACGGUUACCGUGGUCGCAAGUGCGAGACGCCAGUUUCAGCAGAAUCAUCAGCAAUAAUCAGAUUUGGGUUCUUCAUAGGCGGUUCAGCAAGCAUGUUUGUUGUUCUGUUAAUAAUUUGGAUGGUCAUAAAUGCGAGAAGACGAAUAUUGAAAAAACAAGAUAGUCGAAAAGCUAUAAACGAUUCACAUUCAAAUAGUAACGAGCAUUAUGCUGACAUUAUGAAAAUGGAAGGUUUGUCAGCAUAUCAGGAUUUGGCGAAACAAACAGUUACUGUAUCAAACGACUAUGAUCAAAUUAACAAUACAUAUGUCAAUCAAUAGAUUAAAAUAUAACAUUUGUUUUUUUUUGAAAACAAACUGCAUGAAGUAUCUUUACAAAAUAUAUAUAUAUCUACAAUAUUAGGUCAAUGCCAGAAAAUAUUAACUUUUUUGUAUGAGGCUAGAAACCGGUUUGUGUGUCUUUCAUUUUUCGGGACAUUGCUCAAGCAAAAAAGGGACAUAACUCCUGAGCGGCUAUUAGAAAAUCGCCCAAAAGAAUGUUAGUCUUCGUUUGUUCAUGAGUGUUAACAUACUUAUUAAGAUUUAACAUGUAAAACUGUGGGGUACUGCCCACUAAUGAAACCCCCGCUUGAAGAGUUUGGUAACUGGGAAGUUGAUGAGCAAUGAAUUCAAAACAUAUCACAGUUAAUCAUGUUCACAUAUAUGUAAAGCCUAAAAAACUAAUUUCAGGAAGCUUCAUUUGCAGUUCCGUAGAUAAAUUUGAGGAGUAUUUCAUGCAAUACCAUUUUGUGUUCGAAUAUAUUCGGUAAACAGGAAGGUGAGGAGCUAUGAAUCUGAAACAGCAUUACCAAACUUAUAAUAACGGUUUCCUCCAUGAAAUGUGCCACCGCUUUCUCGGUGUACUGUGACUGCCAUAACAAUAUGCUAAAGACACAAACUACAGAUUACUAGUAUUCAUAUAACUAAUAAAGGUCAAAUGAGAGCAACCCCAAAUUAAGUCUCAAAGCCCUCUGUUAUAUAUAUAUAUAUAUAUGAAACGAUUCUUACGGAUUGAAAUUGCAGACUAAGCCUACCAUGUUUAUUCAUUACAUGUAAAAGUUUGCAACUAUAUUAAGGGGCAUGCUUGUUUGAUAUUUACGAUACAUAAUGUGGAAGACGGAUUCAAAACAUAUCGAAAAUUCUGAAACGUGAUCUGACGUUCAGAUAAUUCACGAAGCUAAUAUUAAAUAAAUCAUUGUUUGUAUGCAAAAUACAUAAUUUUAUCAUCAAAAAUAAAAUAUAAAAAGGAGUGUCGUCGUGUGGUGUUCCUAAAAUGAAAGUCACAAUACACCAAGAACGGGAAGACACAUUCCAUAGAGGACACCGUUUUACAUAGUGUAAUCACACAGUAUACAUAGAGUACAGCCAGUAAAAAGUACAAUAACAAAAAAACCGAACCCCAAGCUCAAGGAAAAUUCAAAUCAGAAAGUCCUUUAUCAAAUGGCAAAAUCAAAAGCUCAAACGCAUUAAACGAAUGGAAAACAACUGUCAUAUUCCUUUUCUUUAUGUAGAAAUAGAGGAUUAAACCUGGUUUCAUAGCUAACUAAACCUCUCACUUGUAAGACAGUCGCAAUAAAUUCCAUUACAUUGACAACAAUGUGUGAACAAAACAAACAGACAUACUAGGUAAAAAUGUCAAAAAUAGGGGUACAGCAGUCAACAUUGUGUUAUAAUCUUAAUCACUAUAAAAACAAACAAUAAACUGUCUUGUAAGGGUGUAUCUUUUUUAGAUACAAUUGUCUGAAAAAAUGUAUUGUGUUUGUAUUGCUAAAUGUAUCAAUUUUUAUAGUAUAAUAAGAAAAAUUGUAUAACUGCUUCAUAUUUAUAAAUAUAUUAGCCUGAAAAAAUGAA